AUGAUCCAUUGCCAGCCAAUUUGCAGAGUGAGUGGACACGAUUCGCUGGGGAACUCACUGCUCUCAAUGAGCUUCGCAUUCCGCGACAAGUCUGCUCUACGCAACCGCAUCGAAUCGAGAUUCACGCAUUUUUCGAUGCAAGCGAGAUGGCCUACGGGGGGCUGCAUUUACAUACGUUCAACGAACAUCACGGGUGCAACUUCGGUUAAUUUGUUGUGUGCCAAGUCAAGAGUCGCGCCUGUGAAACCUCUCACGAUGCCUAAGUUGAAGUUAAAUGCUGCACAUUUUCUCACAAGGUUGGUAAAUAAUAUCAAGGCAGCCCUGGACGUGAACAUUGACUUUAUACAUUACUGGAGCGAUUCUACGAUCGUUCUCAGUUGGGUGAGAAUGGAACCACAUCGUCUUCAAACAUUCGUACGCAAUCGCGUGGCAGAUAUACAAACACAAUCUUCUGCGGACGCCUGGAAGCACGUUUCAUCCUCAGACAACCCGGCGGACCUGCUGUCUCGUGGAAUAGCACCUAAAUCAUUGGUUGACUCAAUGCUGUGGUGGCACGGACCAAUAUGGUUGGCGGAAGACGAAGAAUAA